AGUGAGGAGUGAUCUUUUAUUAACCAAUGUACUGGACCUAGUUCCAUCGUCCGACGAUCGAUAAAGAAUGUUUCUUGUUGUUAUUAUGCUUCAUACGUCUAGAUAUACCUGUAUCGCUGGACACAUCCACUAUCAAUAGUGUACUAGAAAAGAGACCCGCUAGUCAUAAUGGAAAUAAAAAAAUUGAUUGUUCCAAUAAUAUUAUUUGGAUUUUACACUGGUUUAACUGAGAGUGGCAUCUGGUAUCAAGGUUGUUUCAAGAAGAAUUUUACCCAAAUACAGAAGAAUCAAAUAUUUCAAGGAAAACUUCCAAACUGUUCACGUACAUGUUUAAAAGAAAGAUUUGAAUUUAUUGGGAUACAGGGCAGUGACUGCCAGUGCUUUGAAACAAUUGAAUAUUUAUACCCUGUUUCCACUGAUCUUUGUCAGACAAGCUGCCAUGAGGUAGCUGAGCCAAAUCUUCAAUGUGGCAGUCAUAACAGCAAUACAUGGAGUGUAUACACUGCAGCUGGACCAUAUAUUGAAAGUGUAGAACCAUAUAAAGUAACUCAGUGGGUAGAGACAAAUAUCCCCAAGACUUUACAGGCCACUGUGCGAUUAAAUACUUUUUUUAAUAUAAAAGAAGAAACUGAGUUUCAAUCCGAGUGGGGGAACACACUUGAAUUUGUGUGGCAAACAGAAUUUGCUGUUGAUGGUGUUGUGGGUGUUAACAUCUCAGCAAAUAGCUCACUAGAGCAAGCAGUCUGCACUUUGACAUUUCCAAACAGUGGAAAUUUCCCCAUAGAGCUUCGAGUGCGAAAUCUGGUGUCGAUAAUGUUGGUAAAAUUUAACGUUGCUGUAGUGGACCCUAAGCCCAGACAACUUCAGCUGUCACUUCUGAAUGUCAGCUCCACACUGCCGUCAUGCAUACCUCCUCUACACAAUCCCGAACAUCAGCACUAUCGGAAGAUCUACACUCCCCCAAAUGAUGCUCGGAAAAGAUCAGAUCUGCACCCUGUAAUUGCCGUCUUUGCUAAUUCAACGUUUGUGCUGGAGGCAGCCGUUGCUACAGGAAGGAAUUUGGUGUUUGAUAUUAGCAUUUGGAAUGGGAACUUGAAGGAAGUGUUUCAGCAUGUGCCACACAAGGGAAAGGACAAAUGCAGUACUCCAAUGGAGUGUAAAAGCGUAACUCAGGACUAUGUUUUUAAACGAACUGGCGUGUUCAACGCUUCUGCUACAGUAUCCAAUGAAUAUGGCUCAGCUGAACAGGAGCUUACAAUUGUGGUCAUGGACCAAGGGAUUCGAGAUGUAUUUCUCAAAGUAGUACCAGGUGUAAAUGUGUUCUCUACACAUAGUCGACUCGACUUCCACCUAACUGCUGUCACCGCUGACAGACAAAGUACCUUUAUUACUAUAGACUUUGGAGAUGGUAUAGUUACAAAUUCUUCUGUGCGUGAAAAUCAUGAUAAUGGCAGCACUUUUCCAGAACUCUCCUCACCUACUCUGUUUGCUAGCUAUGGCGAAGGGUGUGACUUAAGUUUAGAAUUUUACCACGUGUAUACAGCGGAGGGCGUGUUUGAUCCUCUUGUUACACUCAACAACCAAGUGACUUCAGUCAGUGUUAAACUACAGAGACCACUGACGCUGCUACACGCCAUCUCAGGAACUAAAGUGGAGUCUGAUCUGAUCGGCCCUGUCUUGGUACCCAUACCAUUCAAUAUUGUCUACAGCUCUAUAUCUGGCAAUGUCAGUGUUCUGUGGUCAGUUUUUCAUGACAAUGGUCAUGAAUAUGUACGGAGGAAUACCAACUGUCAAUACAACGAUGUGGCCUUAUCAAAAGCGGAAGAUCGGCCUUGCUUACGAACAUCUUUUGUAUUUCCCGAGGUGGGUAGAUAUGAAGUCUUUGUGACAGUUUCAAAUGGCCUUGGUUCUGAGAACAGCUCCUCCCACAUCUUCAUACAGGAACCCAUAGGGCAAGUAAGACUGUCUUGUUCACAAGGCCCGUAUGUCGAAGUUGAACAAGAGGUUGUUUGUAAAGCUGAUGCCAACUCCGGUACAGAUGUGCUUUUUAACUGGGACUUUCAUGAUGCUUCAUACUCUACAGAAGCCGCAUCUCUAAACACUUCCUCCAUUGCCAAGCAUUCGUUUCUGUACCCCGGUACGUACGACAUCAGUGUAGCCGCAUACAACAACCUGAGCAGCGUCCUGGGGGUUUUAAGUUACAGCUUGCACGUGGAGACACCCAUAGACUGUUUGAACGUCAGCCUUGCCGCCACCCAGCCUAGGGUGCCAUUCAGUUUGGUUGUCAACGCAACUCGUGGGUCGCACGUCGGGUUGGAGCUGGAUGUUGGACGCGGUGAAAAAGUUUUACCACGGCAAGUGACGGUUGACGGCCACACGACCAGCGCCGUUUUUAUCUUGAGCUACUCGAGAGCAGGGAUCUUCCCCGUGACGGUCGUGGCCUCAAACCACAUUUCCAACGUGAGCCAAACAUUUGAGGUUGACGUGCAGGAGACACCCCCUGAGUUUUGUAUUCAGAUACUGCCGGCCUCUCUCCCCGAGUUUAUCACCUUGACUGUAAAGAGCCCCUCUGGUAAACUUGUGCACAGAGAGGACCUCAUCUUUAAGUUCCAGUUCCACGAUGAAGAAUCUCCACGCUUCACGCAAGUACCCGUGGUCACACGGGAGGUGAAUAAGAGAUCCCCCACACCAUGGCUCCAUCUCUCUCAAUGGGGGGAUUGUACUACUGCCCGCAAAAACAACACCGCUGGAGAUGACGAUCAAGACAGUCGCCGUUAUCUUGAAAAGGGUGCCAGCGGAAAGGCGAAUCGGUUCUUUGUUGAAGUGACUGUGUCCAACUUAGUUGGCCAGAGGAGCAGAGGACUAACACUGUCUGGUUUUGAAAACAAUGUUAGAAAAAAAGAUGGCCGUUGGCGGGGGAGAGGGCAGAGGAAGAGCAGAAAGAACAGGAAGAACCCUACACUGUGGCACGAUACUGUAGUAAGGGUUCGAGAAAAUACGGCUUUUCUUUUGGCGAACAAGUCCAACGGAGUCAACUCUUUACUUGUUAACUAUGAAGAGAAACUUACGGAAAUUGUUCCUUGUUUAAAAAAUAGUUGUAGCUGGGGCCACGAGUUCCAGGUCCCAGGUGUGUUUGCGCUUGACGUCUCCUUUUACGGCAGAAAGCCUAACAGCAACAACCCGGCCCUGCGCUCAGUGCUUGUGGUGGAGGAGCCAAUCAAAGAUCUGCGGCUCCUGGGGCCCACUGACGUUGGAAUCGGGUGCUCUGAACUUUGGCAAACCCAGCUAGAAUCUGGAUCUCAUGUCAUCUACGUCUGGCUGCUUGAUGGAGUCACUCAGGCACAAACAACCAGUAAUAAGUUUACUAUUGGAUUUAACAAUCCAGGAGCCCACACUCUACUUGUUAAUGCCUCCAAUGAAAUCAGCUCAGCACAAGCCUCCAUGAGUUUCACUGUCAAGCACCCAAUUGUUGGGGCUGUGCUUGAUAUCCCAGCAAGCAUCCUGGGUGUACCCACCAAUCUGUCCAUCAGCAUUCAAGGUGGACAGAAAUUCAAUAUAACUUUAUUAUGUGGAGAAAACCAUCCCAUUUUGUACCCAUUUGAAUCUUUAUCUGUCACCCAACUAAACACUGAGAACCUGCAAUCAAGUAGGGAGCAGAAUUUUGUACCUAAAUACCUUGUCAAGCUGCAGCACACAUUUCAAGAGAUAGGUGACUACAAUGUUUCUGUGUUGAUUACAAAUGGCAUCUCCUCUGUACGCCGCAGUAGACGAGCAGUGGUAGAAGAGACAAUUGGAACAGUCCGCCUGUACACAGACAGUACAUACAUCUCCAUCAAUGAUGAACUGGUUGUUACCGCUGUGGUCAGCUCAGGGAAAAAUCUGAAUUUUGCCUGGGAUUUUUCAGAUAGCAACCCAACAACAGUUAUCAGUGAAGGAAAUACAAGCAAAGCAAGCCAUCUUUUUAGUGUUGCAUCUAAAUAUGAAGUCAGUGUCAUUGUGAGCAAUCAUUUGCAGAAGAAAGGGAUACAAGUGAAACUUCCUUUUCAAAUAGAAGUUAUUGAGCCAUUAUCCAGCCCACAAAUCAUCCAUAUAGUUGAUCCAAGCCACAAUUUGUCCAACACAGCAGCUUUGGAAACUAAUGAUGCUCUGGCUACACCAGCAGUUGGUUUUGAAGCUAGGUGUGGUGGGUCUUCAGUUAUAUUUACCUUUGAUUUUGGAGAUGGGACUUUUAUAACAGUUGAAGGAAUGAAUGACCUGUUAUCAAUGAAACGAGCUUAUGUUGAACAUGUAUAUACUAAAGAGGGUGUGUAUGAUGUAAAGGUGGCUGCCACCAACCCCUUAGGAAGUGCCACUGCCCACCUGUCUGGACCAUUCUAUGUGCAAGUUCCUCCAAAGAAUCUGAAGGUUGAUGCUAACAGUACCUGUAUACAGUUUGGGGAGGUUGUUUACCUGAAUGCUAGUGUUGAGGCAGGCACUAAUGUCUCCUACAACUGGAAAGUUGAUGACGGAAGAGAGAUUAUUAAUGAAGGGAACUAUGUGACACAUAAAUAUCGUCAAACUGGAGAAAGAAUUAUUCAAGUCAUAGCUCACAACAAAGUUGGAUUCACUGAACAUAAAGUUCUUGUCAAAAUUGUUGAGAAAAUAUUGGGUAAGUUCUAG